AUGCCAGAAGCACUCGGUGUAUUCCUUCAAAGCUCGGUGAUAUGCGCGAUAACAUGGACGUUGUGGAGGUCUUUCAGGGGCAUGUUUGUCAAGCAUCCUCUUGAUAACCUCCCGGGGCCGUCGUCAUCAUCAUGGCUACAGGGGAACCUUCCUCAAAUGUUCGACAAGCAGGGGAUGCCUUUCUACCAAGACCUCAUUCAGAACUACGGCAGUGUUGUGCGGCUACAAGGCGCAUACGGACGUAAGAUCCUCUACGUAUUCGAUCCCAGGGCGAUGCAUAGCAUCACGGUUAAAGAUCAAUACUCGUACGAACAACCUGACUGGUUUAUCAAGAGCAAUCUUCUGACCCUCGGUCCAGGCCUCUUAUCCACGCUUGGCGAUCACCAUCGAAAGCAGCGCCGUCUGCUGAACCCGAUAUUUUCCAUAAACCACAUGCGCCACAUGAUUCCCAUGUUUUACGACGUCGGCCACAAGCUUCGGGCUGCCAUCGACAAGCGCGUGGAGCAUGCGCCCGCGGAGAUAGACAUGCUGAACUGGAUGGGACGAACCGCACUUGAGCUCAUCGGGAAAGCUGGGCUGGGGUACUCGUUUGACCCUCUUGAGGAAGACGUCACUCCAGAUGUGUUUGCGGUGGCCAUCAAGGCAUAUGUCCCAGCGCUCUACGCACUCUCUGUAUUCCGAUGGGCGAUGCCCUACGUCUCGCACCUCGGCACGCCCGCCUUCCGCAGAAGGCUGAUGGAGUGGAUCCCCUUCAAGCGCUUGCACAGGCUCAAGAACGUGGUUGAUACCAUGCACCGCCGUGCCGAGGAAAUCUACCAGGAGAAGAAAGCGCAACUCGACAAGGGGGACCAGGCGCUACUUCUGCAGGUUGGCGAAGGCAGAGAUCUGAUGAGCAUACUACUGAAGGAAAACACGCUGGCAUCGGCAGAGGACAGGUUGUCCGACGAAGAGCUUAUUGGGCAGAUGGUCACGAUGUCCUUCGCGGCCAUGGACACGACCUCGAACAUGCUCUCGCAGAUUCUGCAUAUUCUUGCACACCGACCGGAAGUCCAGGACCGACUACGUCACGAAAUUCUCGAAGCGACCUUCGGUGAUAAGGACCUCUCGUACGAUGAAAUCUCUUCACUCCCUCUGCUUGACGCAGUAUGCCGCGAAACUCUCCGAAUGCAUCCGCCCGCGACGUUCAUUUUCCGAGAAGCUCAGCGAGACAUGAUCCUCCCACUCGCAGAGCCUAUACGCGGUCUCGACGGGUCGAUAAUGACCGAGAUCCCAGUCCCCAAGGGCACCGUCGUACACGUCGGCAUACUCGGUUCCAACCUGAACAAGCGGACGUGGGGAGAAGACGCGUGGGAGUGGAAGCCGGAGCGGUGGCUCUCGCCACUGCCUGAGGCUCUCUCCGAAGCGCAUAUCCCGGGUAUUUACUCAAACCUAAUGACGUUCAUCGGAGGAGGAAGAGCAUGCAUCGGCUUCAAGUUCUCCCAGCUUGAAAUGAAAGUCAUCCUCGCGCUACUGCUGUCGCACUUCGUCUUCGAGCUUUCGGACAAGCCCAUCGUCUGGAACAUAUCCGGCAUCCGCUUUCCCACCGUCGGCGUCCACGGCGUGAAACCUGAACUCCCACUCAAAGUCUCCCGUUACGCCCCGCCCGCGAAACCGACUUCGACCUCGACUUCGACCGCCGCCGCCUCGUUUGCGACUGCACCCGCGCCGCCCGCGGUCGCUCCGGCCUCCCCGCUCGCACACGCGUGGUAG